AUGAAGCCCAAGACGUUGGAUGAUCCUUACUGUGACGGAGAAGCUGCAUCGGACGGCGACGAAGACGAUUACGAGGACCUUGAACAAUACGUUGGAGAUGCUCCCUCGGUUGAUGAAGUAGAGGAUGAGGAAAACGGUUGUCAAGACGAAGAAUGCGAAGAAGACUAUCAAACGGAAGAUUUGGGAGAACUCGACGUAGCCAAAAACGAAGAUCCCAAGGAGAGAGUGGCUGGGGAGCCAACUGAGGAGGAAGAACGCGCUGAUGAUACCGAGCCCUCACCUGAUGAAGAAUACCCUUUCGAUAAUAGCACGCUUCGUGGGCAACGCACUCGCGGCCAAAUCUGUGCUUACGCUGGAGCAACGAUGACUAUGCAAUUCCGGACACAUCUAUUCACAGUCCUUAUCUUCGGUCCCUAUGCCCGGCUACUUCGAUGGGACCGCUCCUCCGUAAUUGUCAGCCGUCGAUUCAACUAUGCCGAGCAUCCACUUAUCUUAUUCCGAUUCUACAAACGCUUUGCGCAACUGACCCUGGCGCAACGAGGUCGUGACUCUAGAAUAUCUAUCCCUACGCAGGCUCAAGGUUCUAAUGCGAGGGCUGCAUUCAGGCGUUAUGCUCCUGAAUGCUGGCGAGGCAAGGCAUUGGAGCAAGCUAGAGAGGAGAUGAGCGUGACUCAGCUUGCUCUUUUGCGAUUGACAGUUGGUUCGGGACUUAAUCAACGAGUUUUCAUCAUUGGAGCGCCUCGUUGGCAUCAGGGUGGAUAUUCUCCUUUCGGAAGGGCGACUUGUCAUGGCAUGGCCUAUUGCAUGACCAAGCGCGAGACGCUCUUUUACAAGGACUAUUGGAGGGAGGAUGCGCCUCAUACUAUACCAGAGUCUGAAGUCUAUCAUCUCCUCGCGAAACAUGAGAUUCCCUAUGUUGCCCAGAUGGAACUUGGUGGUGACAGUGGUUUCGAGACCAUCGGACAUAGCUACUCAUCGAAGGCUUGGGCACGCUCUCACCACCGCAUUCGACGUCUUAUCGGACACUUCAUUGUCCUCGUUACCAGAGGCCGGCCAUUGGAAUCGUUCGAAACCGCAAAGCAGCUUGUCAGAUGUGUUGCUGAUGCGAUGGAAGCCCACCAAAAAGCCUAUGAGCUCGCAGGGAUUCUACACCGAGAUAUCAGUGUUGGGAACAUCAUGAUGACUCUGGACCGGGAGUAUAGACGGGGCGUUUUGAUCGAUUGGGAUCACUGUGUCCUUAUGGAUCGAGUUCGUGGAUCCUCUCGUAUUUCGCGAACGGGUACUUGGCAAUUCGUUUCAGCGCAUCUUCUUGACAAUCCACAAGCUGAGCACACGGUUGUUGACGAUCGUGAAUCGGCCCUCUACGUCCUUGCCUGGGUGGCCUUGCGGAACCUUCCACAUGGUUUAUCUCCCGAACUUCUCAAAGACACGUUAUCCAUCUUUGACAAGUAUGUGGCCUUACCUCAUCAACGCGAUGUAGGCGGAAAACACAAACGCAGAGCUUUGAUGACGGACGCCUUCAGUGAUAUAGGCCUGACAGUCCCUGGGCUCGAAACUUGUUUGACCGAAUUGUGCACAGCCUUUACUGCUCGGUAUAAAAAAGUCAUCCGUAUGCGCUCCAUACCUGCCGCUCAUUCUGCCUCCGAGCUUUCCUUGCAACAAGCGAUGCUCGCACGACUCGAAGAACCUUCUUGGCUCUAUAAAACUUUGAGGACCUUCUCCGAGGAGAUCGCAGAACCCCCGAACGAAGGCAUUGACUGGUGUGACAAUAUGAAACUGGUACGGGACGCUGAACGCGCAGGACGACAGAAACGGGACCUUAUGGACAAACAGGAAUCCCACUCGAAGCGUUACAGAGGCUACGAUGGACUUGCAACACCUCCUGUGUCGCUUGAUACGAAUAUUUGA